AUGGGUUCUAGGUUCGAUAAAGCAAUAGGCAUGAAACCUAAUGUGCUGACAAAGCAUGCAAAAGGGGUGCUGGCGACUAGGACUAAUGAGUCUAGGUUAUGCCUUGUCACUGCAGCUGGUGGUGGAGAGUUUGAGGUAAGGGAUGGCCAUGUCAAGUUCCCUAUCACCCUUGAAAAUAUGACUUGUGGAUGUGGAAAAUGGCAAGGAUUAGGGAUCCCUUGCAAGCAUGGUCUCAGGGUCAUUUACAACCAAAGACUUGAUCCUAAGGACUUUGUCUCACCUUUCUACAAGGGGGCUGCAUACAAAUUCACUUAUGGAGACCAUAUCCACCCCAUGGUUGAUCCAACUCACUGGCCUUCACUUGAUGUGCCAAAAAUUGCACCACCCCAAGGGAAAAGAAAUGUUGGCAGACCACCUAAGCAAAGGAGAAGAGCUGCUCAUGAAGUAAAAAAAGAGAUAGAUGGACAUAACAUCAAGAAUGAGGAAGCAAAAGUUACCACAGCUGAAGUUAGAUGA